AUGAAAGAUGAAGAAACUAUAGGAACUUACAAGAUCCAAUCUGGGCAUACAGUUCACAUGGUCAGGGGUGCUGCUUCCAAUGCGCAGAGAGGUGCUGCUUCGGGUGGCUCAGCGAAUGCAGAAGCAGCAAACAGACCGGGUGUACCGGUGAAUCUUGCAGCGGGGACUGGAAACAACCCACUUGCGGGGUUGACGGGGGCGAGAUAUGCAGGCCAUGUGCAGUUGCCAAGUGCAGAGAUGUUUGGACCUGAUGGAGGGAUGGGCCCCCCACCCGACCCAGAGCAGCUUGCCCAGGCCAUGAAUAACCCUCAAUUCGCAUCAACAAUGAACGAAAUGCUUCGAAACCCCCAGCUUCUUGAUUACAUAAUCGCAUCCAACCCUAUGCUUCAAUCGCUUGGACCAGAGGCUCGCCGCCUUAUGAAUAGCGACAUGUUCCGUCAAAUGAUGACCAACCCUGAUGUCCUCCGACAAAUGGGUCAGAUGGGCGGUUCCCUUGGUGGUCGUGGUUUUGGUGGAAUGGGUGGUGCGCCUGCGCCGUCCUUCCCGGAGCCAGGGAGAACAGAUACAACCCCCGCUCCUGCCGGUCCGGAGGGGCCUACUACAAACACCAACCAACCUGCUGCCGGUCAACCCAAUCCAUUUGGAGCUGCUGGUGGAGCAAACCCCUUCGCUGCUUUAUUUGGUGGACCUCCUCCUGCUAGUGGGGCAAACGCACAAUCACCAGGUGCUGGUGGAGUUCCACCACAUCCGUUCGGAAUCAACCCAGCGUUGUUGGGUAUGCUUGGCGGCAUGAAUCCUGCAGCAGGCGGUCAACAGGCUCCAUUGUUUGAUCCAGCUACAAUGAAUGCUUUGCUUGGUGCCAUGGGACAAGGAGGCGCACCAUAUGUCGGUUCCCCGCCUCCACAGACCCCAGCAGAUACCAGACCACCAGAAGAAAGAUACGCAGAACAGCUGAGGCAGCUUAAUGACAUGGGUUUCUUUGAUUUCGACAGGAACGUAGAGGCUCUUAGAAGGAGUGGGGGGAGUGUACAAGGCGCUAUCAAUCAAUUGUUGGGUGGCUAG